GCAGGUAGGCGGGGGGCGGCGGCGACAGCGGAAUGGGUGCUUCUGUGGGGAAAGGUCGUCCACAACCGUCUGCACGGAGACCCCCCUCAAGCCUCGCCGCCUCUCCCUGCUCCCGCUGUCCCGGCGCGGUGGCCUGACCGGUGCCGCAGCGCGAAUUGUUAUCUUCAGAAGCAUUGUCUAUUAAACCGAAGUAUGAAAACACAUAGCAGGAAUUCAUGCGGGAAGCACUUUUGGGGCUUAAGCAUUGUGUUACUGUGAAGCUACUCCUGCUGAUACUGGUUCUGCACAUGGGCACCAGUCAGGAUGCGGUGAGUGAAUUAGUAAUCAAAAGGCAUGGUGGAAGUACUUACUAACGUGAGAAAAGCAGGAAUCUGUGGCAGAACUGCCUUUUGCUGAAAAUCCUGGAAAGUUCACUAGGCACUUUUAUUUAGUAAUUAAAUUCAAGACAUGGGGCCAAUGAAAUAUAAAUCAAGUGUGUCCUCAGUGUCAAGUGGCCUGCAGUAUCACCAUUCUUUGGUAAAACGGAGUCAAACAAUGAAUUUACGCAUAGUACGGACUUACUGUUCAUCAACACCUAAAAGGCCCGAAACCAAGUCUGCAACAGAAAUGGCCAUGGGUCUUCUUAAUCGGCUGACAGAAGCUGGGACCAUUAUGGGAAGAAAAUCCCUUCAAAAAAUAUCCACAACAUGCAAGAGUUGGUGGGACAGAUACGAAGAGUUUGUUGGUCUUAAUGAAGUUCGAGAGGCUCAGGGAAAAGUGACACAGGCUGAAAAUAUCUUUAUGAUAGCUCGAGGGAUAGUACGAGAGGCUCGUGAAAAUGUAGAAGCCCAACAAAUUAAACUGAAGGAAAUUCGGGACCGCUUAGACAGGGUCUCUCGGGAUGACAUCCAGUAUUUAGAACUGGCUACUCUGGAACACAAGUUGCUGCAGGAAGAGAAGAGACACCGAGCUGCCUAUUUAAAUGCAGAAGAAUCUGAGCGAGAAAAAUUCUCUCUCUUCUCUGCAGCUGUAAGGGAAAGUCACGAGAAAGAGCGAACAAGAGCUGAAAAAACAAAGAACUGGUCCAUUAUUGGUUCUGUACUGGGAGCCAUUAUAGGUGUUCUUGGUUCCACCUAUGUUAAUCGAGUGAGGCUACAAGAAUUAAAAGUCUUGGUGCUUGAAGCGCAGAAGGGCCCAAUAAGUCUACAAGAAGCCAUCAAAGAACAGGCCUCCAGCUAUUACUUACAGCAGAAGGAUCUCAGUGACAUCAUAGCAGACAUGAAAAACAUGCUGCAGACAAGGACAUCACAGGAAAUAAAAGAAGGUGUUUUGCUAGCUAGACAAGACAGGAAUGACUCCUUUAAAAUAGAUUCUCUUUUAAUUCCUUUAAAAGAACAGCUAAGCCACACUAAACAAGUCAGUUCAUGUCUGGGGAAUUUACAGCAGCAGUUUAGCAGUCUGCAAGAAAGUAUAGCACAAAUGAUUUCUGAAAUGCAGAGUGUUAAACUUGCAGUUCAUUCUAGACCUAUGGAAAGAGUGGUGCCGAGGUCUUCAGUGGAGGGUAAGGGCCAGGCUUCUGCAGUGAAAGAUGUGAUUUUAGAAUUGUAUGAUACAGAACGGAGACUGGAAACACAAAUCAAGAGAAAUUCUGUUUACAGCACUGCACUGACAUGCGCGAUGUUUGCUUUUACUCUGCCAGUACUUUAUAUUAUAUUUAAAGGAAACUGAUUUCUAAUUAAUUACCAUAACUUACUAGAUUAAUAAAAGUAAACUUGCACUCUAAGUAGUUAGAGUACAAGUCCAAAUAAAUGUGUGUUAGCAUUUUCUCAUGCUUUUCUUCUGUACAGUUGGAAAACUUGUAAAGACUUAGUCUGUCCACUGGCACAGACGGUAUGUUAAUACUCGUCAUUGGGUGGUUUUAACCCCUCAAGCAAAGGAGAUUCAGCUGUUUCAACUGUUGUACUUUUUUAUUAUCUAGUCUUAUGUAUCUUACAAACCAGUAACUUUCACUCUGGAGCUGUAUUCAUGAUUUUCUGUUUAAAUGAUUCCUUUAAUCUGUCAGGAAGCUAAGUGCUUUAUGUAAAAUCCUGUAUAAUUUUGCUCCAUAUUUCUUCCUAAUUGUUCCGUUUGUCCAUACACAAAGUUCUAGGAGUUGCUUUACCAAAAGGAUUGAAAAAUUUGCCCUGAAGAUAUCUUUUUUUUCUUUUUUUUUUUUUUCUUUAAGAUAUAGGGCAGGGAUAGGAUAUGACAAACAUCAAGGAUCAUAUGGACAAGGAAGGAUUGGAGUUACCAUGAGACGUGUUUGUGCAGCCACAUGAUGCGUUUAAAAUACAUAUAGUAGCUCUUUCCUAAGGCUAUUUGUCAUGUGUCCAAAAGCAUUUCUGGAACUUCAGCCAUUCCUUAUUGAUAGCUCUGUGUCCUUAAGGCUUACAGGCAUGGAAAGAGAGAGAAGAGAUGUGUAAGAUGAUGAUCCUUCUGCAGAUGCGGGCUGAUUCUGUCCUUUCCCUGCAGCCUCAUUGACCCAUCACUCACUGGCUAGUUUGUGCUUUCAGUAAUCCUCUAGGGAACAGUCGCUUUCUGAUCCCUUCCAGUGUCUCUUCUUGGAACAUUCUCCAGUUCUCAUUCAUUUUCAGUUACUGUCCUGUCUGGAAAUUGAAAUGCUUCUUCACAGCAGGUGCUCUUAAGCUGGUACAUUAGUGGCAAUAGUGUUAUGCAAACUACUCCAAAAUAAUAUUUGGAAAAAAAAUAAAGGUUCAGCUGCCUGCCUUUUCUGGAGGGGAUGAGCAAUGGCCAAUUGAAGAAAAACAGUCUAAUCAGCUAAGCAUCAGUAUCUGCACAAAGCCCAGAACAAAGUUGUUUGUAUCGCAGUGAUAAAAUACAGUUUCCUCUUAUGAUGGUAGCAGACAAGCAAUCCAAAUUUGGAACCCCUGCUCUAUUUAGUACUUGCGUGAAACUGUUGCAGAGGAAGGACAGACGACCUCGCUUCAUGCUGUAAUGCCCUUGUGUAGGCAUUUCAGAGUGACUAAGUUGUGUUUAGUAUACAGUCUGCUAUGUUUAUUUUUCUGUCAGCCUUUUCUACUUCUGCCCAGUAAACAGAUUAAAAGAGAUUGAGGUUUUGAUUGUGA